GAACGCAAGGAAGUGACUACGUUGACAGAGUGAGGCAUGGAACGCAGGGAAGUGUCAGACCGAGGCGUGGAGCGCACAGCAGGGAGGAGACGCUAGCUUUCAGCUCUGUGUUGUUGCCUGGCAGUCUGGGGAAGGGAGCGUUCACUUCACCUGACAUCUAAUACUAUGGCGACUGGAGAGGUUGUAGUUAAUGGCGUCCGUGAGUUUGAAAGUGUAGAGCUCGGAGAUGUGCGGAAGAAGAAAAAAAUUCCUCGAAGAAUUAUCCACUUUGCCAGCGGUGAAACCAUGGAGGAGUAUAGUACAGACGAGGAAGAAGAGCUGCAAGAGAAGAGAGAUCUCCUACCAACGGCUGACCCAUUCUUACAGACAAAGUUAACAUGGGGACCGUAUCUCUGGUUCUACAUGCUGAGAGUUGCAACCUCCACACUUUCAGUUUGUGACUUUCUAGGAGAAAAAAUAGCAUCAGUCCUGGGGGUUAGUACACCCAAGUACCAGUAUGCGAUUGAUGAAUAUUACAGAAUGCAGAAAGAGGUUGAAGAGGAGGAAGAAGAGAACGAAAUGUCUGAGAAUGCGGAGAAACAGUAUCAGGAGCAGCACGGCCAGCCGCAGAAUGAGACGAGCGCUCAGUCACAGCAGCCCGAGGCCACCAGCUCCUUUGUGAAUAUCAGUUUUGUAAUGGAAGGAGAUGACUCUGUAAACUUGGCACAGAAGCAGGAACUGUCGGCUGUGCCAACUUAGAGGGACGCAGAGGCUAGAUUUACUAGG